AACAAAGAACGAAUAUGAGGUGACAUCAAGUGAAAACAUGGAUUUCUUCCAAAUGGCGAAAGACAACAAUAUUACGAUUAGCGAUGCGGAAGCAACGGAAUAUUUCGGAGAAACGCAGGCGACACGGGCGCAAUAUGACGUUUACGAGUACGGUCAAGAAACAACGAGCGAAGAUACAAAGAAAUACACUCCGCAUCGGUCCUUAAUCUCGAGUGGAGAACCUACUCUCGCGAACACCGAGAGCCCUGACGAAGAACCGUACGAUUACGAGAAAUUCAAAUUGGAAUAUGAAGAGCAGCUGGAAUAUGGCAUAAAGCGUGGCAAAACGUUUAAUUAUACUGAGAAAGAAGAAUCAGAGGACACACCGAAAAAGGCGUUGAAGAGGAUAAUCGAUAUGAAACAACCCAAGAAUUGUACGAAGGAGGAGAUCAGUCAGAUUGGAAUUAAGGCAAUAGGAUGCCUCGUGUACGAUUACCAACGUGCGAGAGAUAUAGCGACUGUGAGAAGAGUCCUUUCGCGGACAUGGCUGAUCCUCAGGGUCUGGCUGUUAAUUUAUAUUUGCAUUGCAAUCCCAUGCUGGUGCCAAAGAGGAUGGUGCUGCUGUUGUUUCCGUUGUAAGUUCUGUUUCCCAAGAAAAAGAAUUUUAUUUGCAAAGCAAUAUUAUACUAUGAAUCCCCCUGGCACGCUAGUAAAAGAUUUCAAGAAAGAAAAAUAUAUAAAAGAGCCUAUUAAAUAUGAAGCUACUGAGUACGAAUAUGAUACAUACAAGACAUUCGAAACUGCGGUAAAAAAUAUAUAGGUAUUAAUGAUCUUUUAUUAUAGGAGCGUGCAUGUUUAAUUCAAGUGUUUCUAACUCAGAUCUAACAAGAUCAAAACGUUAAUAAUUAUGUAUGUAUUAUAUAUAAUAUUACCUCGAUUACUUCCUGUGCCAUUUGAAGAU